AUGGCUCUUGAGUUUCUAAUUCCAAUUUCCCUCAUUGUAGUUCUACUUCUCCUUAGCAUCAAACUAGCACUCUUCUCUUCCAAGAGAUCAGUGAAGCUACCAUCUUCUCCAUGGAAGGUACCUUUCAUUGGAAACCUCCAUCAACUUGGCUUGCUACCCCACCAAUCCCUUUGCAAGCUUUCAAAGAAGCAUGGCCCUCUCAUGCUUCUACAACUUGGUCAAGUUCCCACUCUUGUGGUUUCAUCUUCUGAAAUGGCUAAAGCGAUCUUGCAGACUCAUGAUCUCAUUUUUGCAAGUAGACCAAAAGUGAAUGCUGCUCACAUAAUGCUUUAUGGAAAUCAAAACAUGGCCUUUUCACCAAAUGGUGAGCAUUGGAGACAGAUGAGAAAGAUAGCUGUGACCAAUCUCCUCAGCAUGAAAAGGGUGCAAUCCUUACAUGGUGCAAUGGAGGAGCAAGUGGCUCACAUGUUGAAUAAGAUCUCGGACGCUUCAUCAUCGAUAUCGCCUAUAAAUAUGAGCAAGAUCUUGUUCUCCUUCACCAAUGGCAUGCUUUUCAGAACCAUACUGGGAAGAUCCUUUGAUGAAGAAAGUGAGAACUAG